UUCAUGUAUCCUUGUGUACACACCACAACGCCGCCCUGUUCCACACCAAAUGCAUAUUUAUAAUAUAAAUAGUCGUAGGCUUUCCAGCGGUUUCCCAUAACGCGCUUCAACCUGUACACGAUAAUCCACCUUAAUAUCCCUCGCGACCAUGAAACUCGUUCUCUUUGCUGCUCUCCUGUCACCUGUCUUGGCUGGUAUUCCUUUCCGUGGUGCAUGUACUUUUCUCCAACCCAACUCAUGUGGAGAUUGUUACUCUAAUGGUGUAGUCUGCAAGAUAGUGAGGACCGAUAAUAACCAAGAUCUUUCCUUCACAGCCGAAAGGUGGACACAGAUUAAGGAUAACAGAUACUACAUGGCAUGUGACAAGAAUAGCUGGGUUUGUGUUGAGAACGACAUCCAAAACAAAGACUGGAUAACAAUUUAUGCCGACUCCAGAAAGAAAUCGCAUUACGAUGGUAGAUCAGUUAGGACACCGUGUACCUCACCUGGUUGUGGUAAAGGCGUUCGAACCGUGUAUAGCUUCAAAGUGACAGUGUAGUUUUUUUUUUAAAAAAAAAUAUAUUGAUUUUAGUAUCAAGUGUCCAGUAUGGCAUACUAGUGCUGCGUACCAAAGUAACAAAAAUGGUAUCAUGAAAGAAG